CCCUGCCUCCCAUUGCCGGCAGGACCCAUCUCCUGCUGCUGCUGGGACCCCGUGUCAUCGCGCGCCGCGAGCACGAUGCCCCCCAAAAAGGGAGGUGAUGGAAUUAAACCACCCCCAAUCAUUGGAAGAUUUGGAACCUCCUUGAAAAUUGGUAUUGUUGGAUUACCAAAUGUUGGGAAAUCUACCUUCUUCAAUGUACUAACCAAUAGUCAAGCUUCAGCAGAAAACUUCCCAUUCUGCACUAUUGAUCCAAAUGAGAGCAGAGUACCUGUGCCUGAUGAAAGAUUUGACUUUCUUUGCCAGUACCACAAACCAGCAAGCAAAAUUCCUGCUUUUCUAAAUGUAGUGGAUAUUGCUGGCCUUGUGAAAGGAGCUCACAAUGGGCAAGGCCUGGGAAAUGCCUUUUUAUCCCAUAUUAGUGCCUGUGAUGGAAUCUUUCAUUUAACACGUGCUUUUGAAGAUGACGAUAUCACACAUGUUGAAGGAAGUGUAGAUCCUGUUCGAGAUAUAGAAAUAAUACAUGAAGAGCUUCAGCUUAAAGAUGAGGAAAUGAUUGGGCCCAUUAUAGAUAAACUAGAGAAAGUGGCUGUGAGAGGAGGAGAUAAAAAACUAAAACCUGAAUAUGACAUAAUGUGCAAAGUCAAAUCCUGGGUUAUAGAUCAAAAGAAACCUGUUCGAUUCUAUCAUGAUUGGAAUGACAAAGAGAUUGAAGUAUUGAAUAAACACUUAUUUCUGAUUUCAAAACCAAUGGUCUACUUGGUUAAUCUUUCCGAAAAAGACUACAUUGGAAAGAAAAACAAAUGGUUGAUAAAAAUUAAAGAGUGGGUGGACGAGUAUGACCCAGGUGCCUUGGUCAUUCCUUUUAGUGGGGCCUUGGAACUCAGGUUGCAAGAAUUGAGUGCUGAGGAGAGACAGAAGUAUCUGGAAGCGAACAUGACACAAAGCACUUUGCCAAAGAUCAUUAAGGCUGGGUUUGCAGCACUCCAACUAGAAUACUUUUUCACUGCAGGCCCAGAUGAAGUGCGUGCAUGGACCAUCAGGAAAGGGAUGAAGGCUCCUCAAGCUGCAGGAAAGAUUCACACAGAUUUUGAAAAAGGAUUCAUUAUGGCUGAAGUAAUGAAAUACGAAGAUUUUAAAGAGGAAGGUUCUGAAAAUGCAGUCAAGGCUGCUGCAAAGUACAGACAACAAGGCAGAAAUUAUAUUGUUGAAGAUGGAGAUAUUAUCUUCUUCAAAUUUAAUACACCUCAGCAACCAAAGAAGAAAUAAAUUUUAAUUAUUGCUCAGAUAAAUGUACAACUUCCAAACGGCAUAUACUUUUCUUUUUUAAUUA